CGCAUGCACACUCCGAUUAAAGAAUGGCCGCACGCAUUCAUCCAACCUACCUAACGAUUCAGCUUGCCGCCAUGGAGAUCUCUCCCCCGUUGCUCCUCUCCACCCUGGCACUCUCCGUGCUCGUGUGGUACGUCUUCUUCUCCCGCGCCGGGAAGUCGCGUGCGCCGCUGCCGCCUGGCCCCAGGGGAUGGCCGGUGCUGGGCAACCUGCCACAGCUGGGCGGCAAGACGCAUCAGACGCUCCACGAGAUGACCAAGGUGUACGGUCCGUUGAUCCGGCUCCGGUUCGGGAGCUCCGACGUGGUGGUCGCUGGGUCGGCGUCGGUGGCGGCGCAGUUCCUCCGUACCCACGACGCCAACUUCAGCAGCCGGCCGCACAACUCCGGCGGCGAGCACAUGGCGUACAAUGGUCGGGACAUCGUGUUCGGGCCGUACGGGCCGCGGUGGCGCACCAUGCGGAAGGUGUGCGCCGUGAACCUCUUCUCCGCGCGCGCACUCGACGACCUGCGCGCAUUCCGGGAGCGGGAGGCCGCGUUGAUGGUGAGGUCGCUGGCGAAGGCGAGCGCCACGCCGGAGUCGCCCGCGGUGGUCCUGGGAAAAGAAGUGAACGUUUGCACGACGAAUGCGCUGUCGCGCGCGGCCGUCGGGCGGCGCGUGUUCGCCGCUGGUGCCGGCGAUGGCGAGGGCGCGAGGGAGUUCAAGGAGAUCGUGCUGGAGGUGAUGGAGGUGGGCGGGGUGCUCAACGUCGGCGACUUCGUGCCGGCGCUCCGGUGGCUGGACCCGCAGGGCGUGGUGGCGAGGAUGAAGAAGCUGCACCGCCGGUUCGACGACAUGAUGAACGCGAUCAUCGCGGAGAGGAAGGCGGGAGUUAAACCAGCCGGCAGCGAGGAAGGUAAGGACUUGCUGGGCUUGCUCCUGGCGAUGGCUGAGGAGCAGGAGUCGGUCGCUGGCGCCGAGGAGGAGAAGAUCACGGACACGGAAAUCAAGGCCCUCGUCCUGAACCUAUUCGUGGCGGGCACGGACACAACAUCAACCAUAGCAGAGUGGACGGUGGCGGAGCUGAUCCGGCACCCGGACAUCCUCAAGCAGGCCCAAGAGGAGCUGGACGCUGUCGUGGGCCGCGAGAGGCUCCUGUCGGAGUCGGACCUGCCCCGCCUCACCUUCUUCCACGCCAUCAUCAAGGAGACGUUCCGCCUUCACCCGUCGACGCCGCUGUCGCUGCCGCGCAUGGCGUCCGAGGAAUGCGAGGUCGCGGGGUACCGCGUCCCCAAGGGUGCCGAGCUGCUUGUCAACGUGUGGGGGAUCGCCCGGGACCCGUCCAUAUGGCCUGACCCGCUGGAGUACAAGCCCGCCCGGUUCCUCCCCGGCGGGACGCACGCGAACGUGGAUGUCAAGGGGAAUGAUUUCGGGCUCAUACCGUUCGGCGCGGGGCGGAGGAUAUGCGCGGGCCUCAGCUGGGGCCUGCGGAUGGUCACCAUGACGGCGGCCACGCUGGUGCACGCGUUCGACUGGAAGCUGCCGGCCGGCCAGACGCCGGACAAGCUCAACAUGGGGGAGGCGUUUACUCUCCUGCUGCAGCGGGCGGAGCCGUUGGUGGUUCACCCGGUGCCCAGGCUUCUCCCGUCCGCAUACAACAUUGCCUAAAUAAUUGAUGCGAGGGGAAUGAGAAGUUCCCAUCCGCCUGGCAUAGAAUAAAUAUGCUAAGAACUUUGAUCUUUCAGUGUGUUGCAUCCGUUGUAUGUUGUUAUUAUUAUUUUUUUUUCUCAAAAGGGAGUAUUAAACUAUUAAUAUCCGAGGCCAUACCCAUCCAUGUGUAUGGGAUAUGGGCCAGAUGAAAUUAUGGAUCGAUGAAUAGAGAUUUUUGAGCAAACGGAGGGAGGCAAUCUAGAUCGAUA